AACCAGCAGUUAGUUCCUCACCCCGGUCCGUAGAACAGCACGACAGAUGCGUGCGGAGAGGCAGAACAAGGUGCGCGAGUGCGUGUAUCAGACAGGGAGUGUUACGGCUGCUAAGAAAGUGAAAGCAAAUAGAGGUUGGAGUGUAACGCUCUCCACAGUGCCCUGAGGUGAAAUUCUGCUUGGUGCUACUGAGAGGAGAAGGGGAGAGCUGUGAGGAUCGACCUCCCACGCCCCUCGCCAGCAUCUGACCUGACAGGACGGAAACAAUGGAUCUCUAGCACCAGGAGGCACCUCUACCUCUGACACGCCACCUUCAGACCCUCCGCACCCGCCAAAAUCCCUUUCCAACCUGGCCUAAGAUGGGGACACAGAGUGGCUUCCCAGUUUAACCCCGAUACAAUGCCUGCUCUUGGUGGGUUUCAGCUGCCGUUGGGAGCCAGGCUGUAAGGGCAGGAGUCGGUAACACGAUGAUGGCUCGGCUUGUGGUUUUCACAUUGCUCCUGAACCCCGUCCUGACCACCUCAACUCGGAACAAGGCUGCAUCAAGGUGGACAGAAGAAACCGACUGCAACUGUGCCUUCAAAAUGCCCACCCCAGUGGAAACAAGGUGGAGAAGUGGCAAGACUUGGGCCCCGGGCUUUCACCCACAGGAGAUGGCAAACUUUGGGUCAAAGUGCAAGUGUUAUUGCGGAGUCAAUCCUUGUGAGGACAAGAAUGAGCGCAGAGAGGCGAGGGCAAAGAUAGAAGUCUCAAAUUUGACAACUAUCCAGUCACUGGCUAUUGACCUCCUGGAGAUAUUUGACAACGAGGAGACCAAGAGGCUAAACUCGUACUCAGCGAAACUCAACAGCCAACUGAGGAAACUGGAGAAGAGGCUGGAACGUAAUGUUCCCAGUGUCAACGCCCUCCUCAGAGAGACUUUCGAGAGAAUUGUUCAGCAUCGUUCCAUCUACCAGAACUUCUCCAUCGCCAUGAGGGACGUCAGGAAGGAGAUCAGCAGACUCAACUCCCUACUGCGGAAGCAGCAGCUCCUCCCACUCGAUAAAAGAACGAAGAAUGUGGCCAGGCUGACCCCAAGCAAGCCAUUGCCCCUGAAUAACAGCAUGUCAUGGGUCAACAGCACAAAUGACCAGCUCAGGCCUCAGGCCCCUUCCAAUCCAAAGCCCAGGACCAGGCUGCACAUAUCCAUUGCUCGGCCUUCAGUACUCCCUCCUAAGACAGCAAAGGAGCGAACUUCAGACGAGAACAGAAACAUGAUCCGAGAAGACGGCUGUGAUGGAACUCCCGUGAUGAUCAGAGGCCCAGAAACACACAGCAACUCUGGGCGUGGGGAAGGUGUCUGGAUGAAGGACUCUGUGAUCAAUCAGGACCGGAUCUACUUGGCCAACUAUUUCUUCGGCACCACCUUGAUUGAGUUCCACAACCUGGAGCAUUUCAAAAUGGGCCGCUGGAGUAACACUUACAAGCUGCCGUCGAGCUGGAUGGGGACCGGGCACGCCGUCUAUAACGGCUCCUUCUACUACAACAAGGCAUACACGCGGAAUCUGAUCCGCUAUGACCUGCGGCUGAGGGCGGUAGCGAGCUGGACGGCCCUGGACGAGCUGGGCAGCGGCUCCGGCGGCACCUUUGGCUGGAAGGGCUACUCCGAGGUGGACUUCACGGUGGACGAGAGUGGCCUCUGGGUGGCCUACUUCUCCAGCGACUUCGACUACCUCCCCGAAGAGGUGCUGGUGCUCAGCCGCCUGGACCCCGUCGACCUGACCACCAGGAAGGAGACCACUUGGAAGACCCAGCUGCGGCGCGCCUCUUACCGCAACUACUUCCUGAUCUGCGGCGUCCUGUACGCGGUGGGGCUGCAGGGCCAGAGGGAGGGCACUAUCAGCUACGCCUUCGACACCCACACGGGCUCCGAGUCAGACCCAGGGCUGACAAUCUACAGCAAAUACUCUUACCUCACCCAGGUAGACUAUAACCCCAACGACAAACUUCUCUACGCUUGGGAUAAUGGAUUCCAAGUCACUUACCAUGUGAUGUUUAUCUACUGAUAUCCGCCCCCAUCCCAUUCGCAGUCCCACCCCGUGGGGGUCGACACCCUGCUCCAGAAUCACAGAGAGUUUUACGUUUUCCUCUUUUGCACAGCACACGGGCUCUGGCCAACCGGCUCAAAGCCAGAAUGAGGAGACAUUCUGAAUCUCCUGUUUAUUCUUUUCUUGUUUUUUUUAAAAACAAAACUCUUUCUUUUUAACCAAACUGAAAUAACUGCACGGAAGCCAGUAUACCAUCACGAAGUCAUCCUUCAUUUACACGUGCACCGUACGUGGGCUCUGACCAGCCAGCUCAGAGCUGGGCCCCAGAAUAAGGAGACCUUCUGAACGUCCUGCCUACUUUUUUUGUUGUUGGUAUUCGGUCACGCUACCACUAUAGUGCAGUAGUGCUUUCUAGUCAGCACGACAAACCACAACACCCGUGUUUAGUGUGUACCUGUGCAGUGACUCAGUAAAGACACCGUUGUGCAAAUAAUUUUUAUUCAAUAUUUCCACCACCAGGAAAAGCAUGCGGCCAUUGAACUAGUAAUAAACGACAAGCGAGUCUUACACCUCAGAAACCG